CUAGUGCUUCUAAGAUGCGUUUUUUACACAUUAUCAUUUUUCUUAUGAUUCUAAUUGCUGUAGUCCUCAGCAAUAUUCCAGAAGAUGUUAGCUCAAUUGAUCCCAUGCAUGCGCCUGUUCUCAACUCAUAUAACUGGCACGCAUUGAAGGAACGCUAUGGUGAUACUAGAAACUUGACACACUCGGAAGUUCGAAGAUUGUAUCAUUCUAUUAUAUAUGAGAUUACUGAGUAUUUCAACAAUUAUACGGGAUACCACACAAAACUUGAUCAAACAGCAGCAGCAUGUUCAGCUGUACGUUCGAGCGCUAAGAUAUAUGCUCGCUCACGAGACAAAGUUUCUGUUGCUAGCAUACUUCUACAGGUGCGUGAUAGCUUUGUUUAUGGCAUUUCUUAUUUCCCGUCAUCGCUCCGUAAAGAUUUUCAGAAUUUUUUUUUAACUGGUAAUUACUCAUUUCGGAAAACCGUUUUGACCUUUUAUGAGACAGCUUCCUGUUUGCUACCUUAUUUUUCCAAUCAAGCGUGUCCUUCAUAUAGAUUUAUGAAGGAGGUGCUGAAUAAGGGUGAUGAUAAGAUUCUGUCUGGAUGUACAAAAACUAAUGAGUUUUUUGAUACAUACUUUGGUUCUCUGAACCGUUAACGUGACUGAAUCGUAU